AUGUCUCUCAAACGAAAAGCUUCGUUCUCCGCGCUUUCGCCCAUAAAUACGGUGCCAGUUGUCGCAGGGUCGUCGCGAAUGGUGGAAGAUCCACCAAGACAUCUUCACAGCCGAACACGGAAGCGUUUCAGAGAUGAUCGACCAGAUGAGAAAGUGGUAUAUGAGAAUACUCUCCGCUGGUUGUUCAGUGCUCAAAAGCACCAACACGGACCUGCUCCGCCAAUCGUUCAAGAUGAGGAUGAAGACGCAGACAUGGAUUCAGUACCACUACCGCCAUCAGAAAUCACCGACCCCCGCCAACAAACCUUGCAUAAAUUCUUUCAUACAUAUCACGCUUCCUCUUCUCUUCCCCAUUCAAAUGACACGACAGACCAACGAACGCACCAUACCUCACAGUCGACGAGCAUUCUCCUGCACAAUUGCAAUCAUAUUAUAGCCUCACCAGGCAUGUCAAGUGAGAGUAGCUCAAGUAGCUCAGCAUCACAGUUUGCGAGCGCCCAUGCGGAUAUGGGCAUGGAAUCAAGUUCCGACGAUUCAGGUCAAGAUUCGAAUAGAUGGGCUGGAGCUCUGGCGUGGGCAUGA